UUCACACUGGUCUGGGCAGUUGGAGAACGGAAUGUCCAAGCUGCUCGUAGUUGGCCUCGGAAAUUUUCCGUACCCUUUGACCAGACACAGUGUAGGGCACCUCGUUGUUCAGUCUCUAGCAGACCGCGUGGGUAUUAGUAUAUCAGCGGACAAACGGUUGGAUGGUCUCGUCGGCCGCGGAAGCGUGACUCUUGCUGAGAACGAUGUGUCGUUAACCCUGUAUCUGCCAAAGGCCCUGAUGAACAUCACCGGCAGGCCCACCGUGAAUGCCAUGAAAAGCCUCGGAUUCCAGCCGUCCUCUAUGGUCGUUAUCCAUGACAGUCUAUCCCAUCGACCGGGAGUUGCCUCACCAAAGUCUGGCGGCUCCGCCGAAGGACAUAAUGGAGUACGAAGCGUCAUGGCUGCUCUUGGCGGCAGCAAGGACUUCCAUCGGCUUCGCAUUGGUAUCGGCCGCGGAGAUGGUAAUGUAGCGGACUACGUUCUAGGUCGGCUUUCUUCAUACGAGAAGCAAUACUGGGGUACCGACGGUGACGGCAUCGAUGUCGUAUUACGAGAGCUGGCAAAGAUAGCUAACGGCCAGCCGCGGCCGGGCUAAGACGAGACGGCAACGCCAACACGAUACUGAUCACGGGUGAUGCAGCUUGUGCACUUCACUUCUUUCCGCCGAGAAUCCACCUGCUGAUGCUCAGGGGUGGAACAUUCUCUGAUCUCGGGUCUGGUGUUGCAACUGUAUGCUCCCGGUCACUGUCGCGGACUCUACGCAGAAGAUAGUAACAAUGACGGCCCACCCGUCUUCUCUCGUGCCGCCAAAUAUAUACAAAUAGCACGAAGGCUGCAUCGAAGCGCGGUCACGCGUUGACUUCCGUCUCGCUUCGCGUAUCACCCGACGACCUGCAGCAUCUUCGGUGGAGGAUGGUGCAUGUGGCUCGCGGUCCGUAAUAGUGCGCAAUAAAUCCGUUUAUCGAGCUCUACGGGGACAGUUUU